AUGUCACCAACCUUACCGCCAGGGAGAAAAGAAGAGACUGACGCAAGUAACAAAACCUUACAACCUGGAAAGAAAGUACGACGACCACUGCAAACAGAUAUUUCAAAAGUUAACGUUAAUAUUAUUACUACCAAUAAUACUCAACAUCAAAAACCACCAUCAUCAGAAAAAUCUAAAAAAAGACCAUCAAAACCACUAAAUGGACAACACCACCCCGUUAAACCUCAACCAAAGGAUCACAUAAAACAAAAACCGUUAAAAGUACAAAAAAAACCUAUCGAGUCUCAUCAUCCACAAAAAACUAUAAAACAAAAAACACCCAAAGUACAAAAUCAUAUCGAGUCUCAUCAUCCACAAAAAACUAUAAAACAAAAAACACCCAAAGUACAAAAUCAUAUCGAGUCUCAUCAUCCACAAAAAACCAUAAAACAAAAAUCACCCAAAGUACAAAAACAUAUCGAGUCUCAACAUCCACAAAAACAAAAACCACAAAAAUUACAAGAACAUCAACAAAAGAAACAACCGCAACCACAACAACAAAAGCAAAAGGCACCACAACAACACCCUCAAUCAAAGAAACAACUACAACCACAAAAGCAUCCACAAUCACAAAAACUAAAAUCACAAUCACAACCAACACAAAAGCAAAAGAGACCACAACAACCAGCAUUGAAUAAUCAUAGUUCGAAAAAAGUCCAACAAAAAAUUAAACAACCACAGCAACAACAAAUUCGACCAAAACAAGUCACACGAAAUCAAGUACAAAGAAAUCAAGUACAAAGACAUCAGCCACAAAAUGGUGAUAAUAAAUCAUCAGUAGUAAAUUUUAAUAGUACUGAAGAUGUUGAAUAUGAAGAAUACCAAGAAUAUGAAGAAUACGAAGAAUACGAAGAAUAUCAAGAAAAUGAAGAAUUUGAUUUAACAAUUUUCUCCGAUUUUUUAUCUCUCAAUUCAAUACUAAUAACACCAAGUAUUCUUGUUCCUAAUAGUUCACCACGAUUAUUUCUAAGUACACAGGCAUUAUCGUCGAAUAUUUUAUAA